CACCACCUCCAACGACUCCUCCUUCACUCCUCUCUUCCGCCUCCUUGACGACUUUGACAGCUACAGCCGUCAGAACGCCAACGAUGGCACCCACCCUUCUCGCCCUCGCUCUCAGCUCGCUCCCUUCGCGCCCAAGUUUGACAUUCGCGAGACUGCUGAGACAUACGAGCUCCACGGCGAACUCCCCGGCAUGACCAAGGAGAAUGUCAACAUCGAGUUUACAGACCCCCAGAACAUGCUCAUCCGCGGCAAGGUUGAGCGCACCUACACUGCCGGCACCUCGCCCACUGGCACACACGCCGUGGAGAACAAGCCCAACCAGAAGACCAUCUCCAGCGGUACCGAGUCGCCCAAGUCACACAAGGCCACUGUCGAGGACGCUGGGCAGGAGGAGGAAGGCUUCACUUCCGUCGACAAGACUGAUGCGGGCCACAGCGGCGAGUCCCAGGCUGUCCAGAAGUCGGCCGCGCCCCAGCCGGACCGCGCCAAGUACUGGCUCUCUGAGCGCAGCAUUGGCGAGUUCUCGCGCACCUUCAACUUCCCCGCGCGCGUGGACCAGGACGGCGUCACUGCUAACCUCAGCGACGGCAUCCUGAACAUCACGGUGCCCAAGGCCAAGAAGCACGAGGCGCGCCGAAUUGCUAUCCAGUAAAGGGGCGGCGCGAGAAUCGACAAGUGCAACAUUUUCAUCCAAGAACACACACACUCAUCAGCAUUGCGAGGCGUUACUGCGAAACACUCUCUUUUCGGCCGGAUUCUGAGUUUGGGCGUUGGUCAGCAAGACACUAAUGGGAUCUGUCGUCUUCGCAGGCACACUUUACUCCUACAAUACUAGCUAGCUCUGUACACCAAUUCAAGAACUUCAAUAACUUCA